AUGCCGACUCCAAUGCCGUGGCCAGCUCUGCUAGAUUACUCGGUUGAGGAUACAUGGCGCGAACAAUCUGAUCGAGAUGAUCCCACGGAUUCUCGAUUGGGUUUAAAUCAGAUUCAGAGCAACAGUUUUAGAACAGCAAUACAAGAAAAACGAUCCUUGUCAUUAGAAGAUAUUAAUCAGGAUCAAGUGUCUGUGAUUGAAAGCAGCUUAGAAACCGAAGUUGUAUCUUUGCUAUGCUGUCCCGUCCCUUCUAUUCAAGAAGACAGAGUCGCUAUGCUUGUUUGUCUUGUAAAUAAGGAAAGUUUUUGCGAAGAAGAUGAGCAUUUUUUAAAUGAAACAUUCCGUUGUUUAUCUCCACUUCUCAGCAGAGCACGGGCUUACGAUGAAGAACGAAGAUUACGGGAGGAAUGUCAGUCACUUCUAACUGUGGCGAGAAAUCUGUUUACUCAUUUAGACGACGUAACGCUACUUCUGAGAGAAAUAAUGGCUCAAGCGAGGCAUCUCACCAAAGCCGAAAGAUGCUCUUUGUUUCUCUUGGACAAAGAAAGGAACGAGCUUGUGGCGAAAGUGUUUGAUGGACAUGUAGCCGAAGAUGGGACAGAGCAAGCAUCAGUCGAAGUGAGGAUUCCUGCUAAUCAAGGAAUUGCGGGUCAUGUAGCAACAUCAGGAGAGCUUUUAAACAUACAUGACGCAUAUGCCCAUCCUCUGUUCUACAGAAAAAUGGAUGAAACAACGGGGUUCAAAACCAGAAACAUUCUUUGCUUUCCUAUAAAAGAUGAUCAAGGUGUCAUUGGCGUGGCGGAAUUGUGUAACAAAAUCAAUGAAAGAUGUUUUUCCUUCUUUGAUGAAGAAAUUGCUAAAGCGUUCGCCAUUUAUUGUGGUAUAAGUAUUAUGCAUUCUCUUAUGUGGAAAAAAGUCAGAGAUGCUCAACACAGAAGUAGAUUAUCAAAUGAACUUAUGAUGUAUCACAUGCAGGUCUCUCCGGAAGAUGUGACAAAAUUAUCAGAAACUGAAAUUCCAAGUACUGAACAUUUUAGUGAAGACUUUAUGCGUCUGAAUUUUAUUCCUCGAACCAUAACAGAAAAUGAUACUUCUCUUGCUGUGAUGGCAAUGUUUCAAGACCUGGGAAUGAUUCAUCGAUGGAGAAUUCCGAUGGUAACUCUUGCAAAAUUUGUGCUGAUGGUUAAGAAAGGUUAUCGUGAUCCUCCGUACCACAACUGGAUGCACGCCUUCUCUGUGGGGCAUUUUUCAUACCUAAUGCACAAAGCUGUUGGCUUGAUGGGGAAAUAUCUAUCAGAACUAGAGAGCUUGGCCUUAUUCAUUGCAUGCUUAUGCCACGAUUUAGACCACAGAGGAACGAACAACAACUUCCAAGUUGCUUCAAAAUCAGAUUUGGCAGCUUUGUAUUGCUCUGAAGGGUCGGUUAUGGAGAGGCACCAUUUUGCUCAAGCUAUGGCUAUCUUGAAUACAGAUGGCUGUAACAUCUUAGAAAACUUAUCCCGGAAAGAAUACACGCAGUGUCUUGACUGCAUGAGGGACGUGAUUUUAGCAACAGAUCUCGCUCACCACCUCAGAAUCAUCGAAGACAUUGAAACUAUGGUGAAGGAUGGAUACGAUUUUCAAAACCAAAGGCACCAUCAGUUAUUGCUAUGUCUUCUCAUUACUUGCUGUGAUUUGUCAGACCAAACGAAGGAUUGGAAAAGUUCGAAAAAAAUUGCCGAGCUGAUCUACAGCGAAUUCUUCUCUCAAGGUGACCUUGAGAAAGCGAUGGGAGUACGUCCGAGCGAGAUGAUGGAUCGUGAGAAAGCCUGCAUCCCCGAACUGCAGAUCGGUUUCAUCGAAAAUAUUGUCCACCCUACCUACAAGAUAUUGGUAUCAUUGUUUCCUGAGGUAGAAAGUACACUAACUGCUGUGGAAAUGAAUCGUCUGUUCUGGGAACGAAUGAGGGACGUCUACAAGCGCCGCUACAGCAACAGCACGUCGUCGCUCGACAUGUUCGAAGACGAAACUUUGGAACAAGAAGUGCUCGCCCUGAGUUGCGAAUCCGAUUGA